ACUUUUUCUCCAGAACAAAACCUAACAGGCAUACAUACACAAUUUCACACAAAUAUGGGAAAUAUGAGGAACUUGCUGAAGAUGAUACUUGCGUUUGUGUUUGUUGGAUGGAUUUUUAUAUGGAUAAUGAUUUCGACUAAGGUUUACAAAUACGAUUGGACUCCGAAACUUGCUAAGUAUUUUAACACUACUUAUUUUGGCCCUCAAGGCACGAAUCUUGUGCUACUUACGAUUCCAAUGAUGUUCAUUGCGGUCGUGAGCUGUGUCUAUUUGCAUAUUCAGAAGAAACAAACUGAUAUUCAACGUUCCGAGAGUAAAUGUAAAGUAAAAGGAGGGAUGGGGCGGGUGAUGAUGGUGAUGAAUCCAUUGGGGAUAGUAACCUCAACGGACCUGACUUUCUCUAUCCUGUUUGUGUCUCUUUUGACUUGGGCUCUCGCCAAUUACCUCUACAUUAGCUAUAACGUCCAACUUUACAAUCACGACAACGCUAAGAUAUGGCAGGCGAAGUUUAGGGCUUUUGGGUUGAGAGUAGGGUACGUGGGGCACUUUUGUUGGGCCUUUUUGUUCUUUCCUGUCACAAGAGCCUCUACGAUUCUGCCACUCGUCGGAUUGACUUCCGAGUCAAGCAUCAAAUAUCACAUUUGGCUCGGACAUAUCUCCAACUGCCUCUUCCUCCUUCACACCGUGGUUUUCCUUAUCUACUGGGGCAUGACCAAUCAGUUAAUCGAGAUAUUUGCAUGGAGCAAGACUUAUGUGCCGAAUUUAGCCGGAAUCAUAGCAAUGGUUAUCGGAAUAGCGAUUUGGGUGACGAGCACAGCUUACUUCAGACGAAAGAAGUUUGAGAUUUUCUUCUACACUCACCAGCUUUACGGUCUCUACAUAAUCUUCUAUGUGUUCCACGUGGGAGACUCAUGGUUAUGCAUGAUCUUGCCCAACAUUUUCCUCUUCUUCAUAGAUCGCUACUUGAGGUUCCUACAGUCAAUGAAGCGAUCACGGCUCGUCAGUGCAAGGCUCUUACCUUCUGAUAACAUCGAACUCACUUUCUCCAAAGUUCCUGGACUUCAUUACAACCCAACAAGUAUACUAUUUGUACAUGUGCCAAGCAUUUCCAAGCUGCAAUGGCAUCCCUUCUCAAUAACCUCAAGCAGCAAUUUGGAGGAAGACAAAGUAAGUGUUGUCAUCAGAAGACAAGGGACUUGGACUCAGAAGCUCUACGACCAUAUCUCUUCUUCUUCUAUCGAUUCUGUCGAAGUCUCGACUGAAGGACCUUAUGGACCUACCUCUUUCGACUUCUUAAACCACGACUCUCUGAUACUAGUAAGCGGCGGAAGCGGAAUCGCUCCGUUCAUUUCAGUCAUCAGAGAGAUUAUUUUCCAGAGUCAGAACCCGAACACAAAACUACCAGAUCUUCUUCUUGUUUGCUCCUUCAAACAUUACCAAGAUCUUUCCCUUUUAGACCUAAUUUUCCCUCCCUCAGGCAUAUCAGUCUCAGAUAUUUCCAAGUUGAAGCUUCGAAUAGAAGCCUACGUAACAAGGGAUAACGAGCAGCCGCAAACAUCAACAUCCGACGAUGGAAAUCAUGUGAAGACGAAAUGGUUCAAACCAAACAACAAAGAUUCACCCAUCUCACCUGUUCUUGGACCCAACAACUUACUAUGGCUUGGCGUUGUGAUCUUGACAUCAUUCGCAAUGUUUCUACUUCUCAUAGCCAUCGUCACACGCUAUUACAUGUACCCUGUGGACCGUGAAGGAAGUGUAUACAACUUCACUUACAGAUCGCUCUGGGACAUGUUUCUUGGAUGUCUCUGCAUUUUCAUUGCUUCAAGCGCGGUUUUCUUGUAUCGCAAGAAACAAAACAACGAGGGAGUCCAUGAUUCGAAUAAGAAGAAACGGAGCGUCAUAGACUUUCAGACGCCAACAUCUUCUCCUUCCUCAUGGCUCGGUGACAACACCGAGAGAGAGCUGGAGAGUGUCCCGUAUCAGUCUAUAGUACAAGCCACUAAUGUUCACUUCGGCUCUAAACCUAAUCUAAAGAAGAUAAUGUUUGAGGCAGAAGGUUCAGAAGACGUGGGAGUAAUGGUGUGUGGACCAAGAAAGUUAAGACACGAGGUAGCAAAAAUCUGCGGCUCUGGUUUGGCUAAAAAUCUCCACUUUGAGGCAAUUAGCUUCAACUGGUGAUCUUUCCCAACUUCCCAGCUUCCAUUUAUUGUUUUUUUUUUUUUAAUUUUAUUGUUUUGCGUGAUUGCUUGAGAAACAAGGAAUGGUUUGUAAAAUGUACGAUACCUUGUGGGUGUGCGUCUUCGUGGUGAUCAUCGCGUUAUGAUUAUCGUCAUCCUCGGUUAUAGCGUACGUUCUGAUGAGAUUUGAUCCAUCUUAACGGAAAAAACCUUAAUUUGAGGAGUACUGUUGCACUCGACUGAAGUUAUGUAUUCAAAUUAUGUGUGAGAUUGAGAAUGAGACUGUUAUAUACAUAUUUUAUUUUCUAUAAUAAGAUAUGUGUUAUGAA